AUGGGUCAUCAGCACAACAGUCACCAUCACCACCAUAUCACCGCCGCCGACGAUGGCGUGUCUCAACGGGUCAACAGUCCAAGAUUCUCCGGCCCAAUGACCCGCCGAGCCCUCUCCUUCAAGCGCAACAACAGAAACUCUUCACAAAACACUCAUAAUACGAGUAGCAGUGCCAAUAACGGUGGUUCUUUAAGCAGUCAUCAUGAGAUCAUUGAUCUUCAGCUUAACUCACCCAGAUCUGAAAGCCCAGUUUCUGGAGAUGGCCCUGAGACUAUGGGUGAAAGGAGGCCUGCCCAUGUGAGCAGUGUGGCCCAAAGAGUGCAUUUGAGGAGAAAGAUUGCAUCUUUGAGUGUGGACUUGGGGGAAUUGGGGUUAGAGUUUAAGGGAAAGAAAAAGUUGGGGCACUGGAUGUUCUUUUUGUUUUGUGGGGUGUGUUUAUUUUGGGGUGUAUUGAAGAUUUGUGCUACUGGGUGGUUUGGAUCUGCUAUCGAUGGAGUUGGAUACAAUCAGGGCUUGUAUGGCUCCUCAGGAACCCAUCUAAAUCUAAGGAAUCAAGGGUCUCGUUAUCACGGAUAUAGGGAGGGAGAAAAUGAUGAAGGGGGCAGAGAAAGUGAGUUGGAAAGGACACUAAUGAUGGUUACCUCAGGUGUGGUGGAUAGCCACGAUAGUACGUCUCAUUAUUCUGGGAUCUGGUCCAAGCCUAAUAGUGAGAAUUUCUCACAGUGCAUCGAUUGGCCAAAAAGUCACAAAAAGCCGGACAUGAAAACAAAUGGUUUUCUUCUAAUAAAUGCAAAUGGUGGCUUAAAUCAGAUGAGAUUUGGGAUCUGUGAUAUGGUUGCUGUUGCUAAAGUAUUGAAGGCGACACUUAUUGUUCCAUCUCUUGAUCACACUUCAUAUUGGGCUGAUGAUAGUGGCUUUAAAGAUCUGUUUGAUUGGAAACACUUCAUUGAGUCGCUAAAAGAUGGCAUUCACGUCAUUGAUGCAUUACCUCUGGAAUAUGCCGGAGUUGAACCCUUCGCAAAGACGCCAAUAUCUUGGUCCAAGGUCAGUUACUACAAAACAGAGAUCCUUCCACUUUUGAAGCAGCAUAAAGUGAUUUACUUUACUCAUACCGAUUCCCGUCUUGCAAACAAUGGCCUUUCAAGUUCUAUACAAAAGUUACGAUGCCAUGUUAACUACAGAGCAUUAAAGUACUCUGCAUCAAUUGAGGAACUUGGAGAAACUUUGGUGUCAAGAAUGCAGCAGAAUGGGAAUCCUUAUCUUGCCCUGCACUUGAGGUAUGAGAAGGAUAUGCUUGCUUUUACUGGAUGCAGUCAUAAUUUGACAACAGAAGAAGAUGAUGAACUCCGCACAAUGCGUUAUGAAGUCAACCAUUGGAAGGAAAAAGAGAUCGAUGGAGUAGAAAGAAGAAAGCUUGGUGGGUGCCCUUUGACCCCUAGGGAGACUUCUCUCUUGCUCAAAGCCCUGGGCUUCCCAUCCAACACUAGAAUAUACUUGGUGGCUGGUGAAGCUUUUGGAAAUGGUAGCAUGCAGUAUCUCACGGCAAGUUUCCCAAAUAUCUUUUCCCACUUGACUCUUUCAACAAAGGAAGAAUUAGAUCCUUUUAGGAAUCACCAAAAUAUGCUGGCUGGUUUGGAUUAUGUUGUCGCCCUUCAGAGUGAUGUUUUUGUGUACACCUAUGAUGGCAAUAUGGCCAAGGCAGUACAAGGUCAUAGGCGUUUCGAGAAUUUCAAGAAAACUGUCAGUCCAGACAGGAUGAAUUUUGUAAAACUAGUUGAUGAACUUGACGAAGGGAGAAUCACAUGGAAGAAAUUUAGCUCUGAAGUCAAAAAGCUCCAUGAAAACCGUGUUGGAGGCCCUUAUAUGAGGGAGCCGGGCGAGUUCCCAAAGCUGGAAGAGAGUUUUUAUGCAAAUCCUCUCCCGGGCUGUAUUUGUGAGAAAACCCAGAAAAAAUAG